AUGUUUGAUAAAACAAUUGGAGCAGAACCAACGUGUCAUACGAACUACAAAGAAAAUAAGGAUCACUUAAUCAUGCCAUUUUGCUAUUCGGUGGUCGAAGAAGUUCUAUCGUUUUCGUUAGCUUUUCACCGUCAAUAUCAAAUUGACGAUAAACGCACCAGCAAAAACCUUUUCGCAGUUUUUGUCAACUCUAACGGUACAUGCGAAGGCUAA